AUGCAGAGUUUCAAAAUCCUAACGUGGAACUGCCGGGGUCUUAACAAUAUCGAGACCCAAGAUGCCCUAGUUAAUAUUGUACGACAGCGAAACCCCAGUAUCGUUUUUCUGUCGGAAACCCUAGCUACACCAGAUCUGCUCAAUGAUAUUCGUCGACGUAUAGGGUUUGAUGGUGUACUUUGUUCACCAAGAGAAGAUGAUUGUCGCGGCCUGGGACUCUUCUGGAGGAAUGAGAUCCCUCUGCGUCUCCGGAAUUACUCGGCCAACCACAUCGAUGCAGAAGUAGGAGUGGUUGGCUCAGAAGGUGUGUUUCGUUUUACAGGCAUAUAUGGUGUGGCAACAACGGCAAAUCGGAGUAUUACCUGGAACCUACUUAGAACCCUAGCAGCACAGGUUCACAUCCCCUGGUUAAUUGCGGGGGAUUUCAAUGAAAUCCUGGACCUGGCAGACAAGUCGGGUGACCCUGCUCGGAGUGUCCACCAAAUGAACAGGUUCCGUCAAGCUCUGGUGGAUUGUGGUCUAAUGGAUAUGGGGUUUGUGGGUUCUCGGUUCACAUGGGCCAAUCGAUUCACCAAAGAACGCCUCGAUAGGGCAUUUCAGAACUUCCAGUGGAGAGAGUUGUACCCUUUUUCCCCUGUGAUCACUCUGCCUCUAAGUCGCUCGGAUCACUGUCCUUUACUCCUUGAGACUAAUCCUGAUCGGCCUCCAGUGCGUCGCCCUCCUCGGCGUUUUCGAUUUGAAGAAAUGUGGCUGAGUCAUGCAGACUGUGAGAACGUCGUCAAGACAGGUUGGAUGGUGCCUACCACGGGUGCGUCGAUGGCCCAAGUAGGUCGCAAGAUAAAAAAAACGGGGAACUUGAUUCUCAGUUGGCAUGAAGGGGUUUUCCAACAACGACAGGUUGAGAUGAAACUAAUUCAAAGCAAGUUGGAUGUGAUUAUGCGAACUGACCACCAGCAUUCCCAUUUUCAGGAGAUCAGGGGCCUCCAAUUUAGGUUGAACGAAUUACUUUCGAUCAAUGAGACAUAUUGGAGACAACGCUCCAAAGUCCAAUGGCUUCGGGAGGGUGAUCGUAAUACUAGUUUCUUUCAUCGAAGAGCAUCGAAUCGAAGAAGUAGAAAUCGUGUCAAGGGUUUGAUGAUCGAGGAUGGUCAGUGGACUAGUAAACCUGGCGAAGUAGAGAAUAUUCUCCUUAGGUAUUAUGAGACUAUUUUCCGUGCUGAGCAGUCUGAUCCGGUGGCUACAGCUUCCAAAGUGCUUGCUAACAGGUUGAAAAAGCUUCUCCCAAGUAUUAUUUCUCCACUCCAAAGUGCCUUCGUCCCUGGUCGACUCAUCUCGGACAAUACUCUUGUAGCCACGAAGGUAGCACAUUUUAUGAAAAAGCUUCGCCGACAGGCAGAGGGCUUCUUUUCUUUGAAGUUGGACAUCUCAAAAGCCUAUGACAGGCUUGAGUUGUGUUAUCUGGAGGCUAUUUUAGUGAAACUUGGUUUCUGCCGAGCUUGGGUGGAUGUGAUCUUGGCUUCUAUCAAGUCAGUAAGUUACUCUAUUCUCAUUAAUGGUAACCCUACUGGCUUUAUUUUACCAACAAGGGGCAUCAGACAAGGGGAUCCCCUAUCCCCGUACCUAUUUAUUCUCUGUGCAGAAGGUCUUUCUGCUUUAAUUUCUUCAGCUGUUCAGACUGGGACAAUUCGGGGUCUUACCAUGUCACCUUCUGCCCCAACUAUCCACCACCUACUGUUUGCUGAUGAUAGCUUUCUGUUUAGGGAAGCUUCUAUUCGAGAAUGUCAGGCCUUUAAGAAUAUUCUCUCAAUUUAUGCUCGGGCUUCAGGUCAGAAGAAUAAUCUAGAGAAAUCUAGUGUGGUUUUUAGUGGUAAUGUGGGACUCCAAUUACGAACUCAUCUAGCCUCUAUUCUCGGUGUUAAAUGUGUUAAGGAGCAUGGUCUGUACCUAGGCCUACCGAUUCACGUGGGGCAUGAAAAAACAGCUAUAUUUGCUUACUUGAAGGAGAGGCUCACCAAGAAAUUGAUCAGUUGGAGAUCCAAGAUUCUUAGUGCAGGGGGUAAGGAGCUACUUAUUAAAGUUGUGGCUCAGGCUUUACCAAAUUAUGUCAUGAAUUGUUAUCUGCUCCCCAAAUCCCUCUGUGAUGAUCUCCAGCAACUAUGUGCCCAAUUCUUUUGGGGAAGCACUGAUGAAAAACGUAAGAUACAUUGGAGGUCUUGGGAACGCAUGUGUAUUCCAAAGGAACAUGGGGGUUUAGGCUUUAAACACCUUUACGCACACAAUCUAGCCAUGUUAUCAAAGCAAGGUUGGAGGCUUUUGUCCAACCCUAACUCCCUUGUGGCUCAGGUGUUCAAAGCUGUUUACUAUCCUAAUGGUUCUUUUCUCACGGCUAAUUUGGGAGAUAGGCCAUCUUAUUCUUGGCGUAGUAUCCUGGAGGCCAGACCAGUAAUCCAAGCUGGCUUAUUUUGGCGAAUUGGUAAUGGGAUUUCAGUUAAUAUAUGGGAAGAUGAAUGGAUUCCUAAUGUGGCUGCCCACUCCAUUGUUAGACCAUCGGACACUGUUUUUGAACUCGUUUCGGAUUUGAUUGAGGUUAGAACUGGGUCAUGGGACCAAGCGACUGUUCAUGCAUGUUUUGAAGUCGAGAUUGCCAUGCACGUACUAUCCAUUCCUCUCAGUCGACGGUUCGGGCCCGACAAGAUUGCUUGGAAGUAUGAUAAGAAGGGUUGGUUCUCGGUAAAAUCUGCUUAUAUGGUAGCUCGUGAGUUUUCCAUUGGAAACGUAUUUGCUGCUCCUUCAGCUGGAGAUCCAUAUGUUCAGCUCUAG